AUGCCGGCCGCCAUCACCGCAGGUCAUGACGCCAAUGCAACGGCCAGCGGGUCUCUCUUUGUGCCGCCGGCCUACCAUCCGCAUGCGCCGUUCACCUUCACCGGGGGUCUCUCCUUCAAGCCGAGCGGCAUCGCCGUGGCGCUUACUAUCCGAGGCAUUGUGGGCUUUUUACUACAGCUCCUGUUCUUCCCACUUCUGAAAACCCACUUUGGACUCGUGAAGCUCUAUCGCUACUCGCUCCUGCUUCUCCCGGUAUCAUAUUUUGUCACCCCUUACCUGGCCACCAUUCCGUCGUCUACGCUGCCACCGCUGCCGGCGGCCGGAGUCUUGCUGUGGGCGUCUAUUGCGCUCGUCCUGACCAUACAGACAGUGGCCCGCUCCUUUGCUCUUCCCUCGGGCACGAUGCUCCUCAACGCGGCCAGUCCGGACCGGUCUGCGCUCGGCACCGUCAACGGCAUCGGCCAGAGUGUAUCGGCAGCGGCCAGAACCCUGGGCCCGUUGCUGACUGCCUGGCUGUAUGGGUCGGGACUCAGCCACGGUGUCGUGGGCAUUGCGUGGUGGGCUAUGGCUGCAGUCGCUGUCCUGGCAGCCGUAGCGAGCGGCUGGGUCGUGGAUGAAGCCGGCGUCAAACCCCCCUUUUAA